AUGGAGGCAAAGGCUGCAGAGCUCCUGGCGGCCUUCAAAAACCCAAAUCUCUCCGUUGAUGCCAAGGUCGCCCACCUGACGGCCAUCAAGUCCGAAAUCAAACAGAAAAAUGUUCCUGAGGGCGCUAUUCCAACCAUUUUCGACACUCUGCGACUCGCUCUUACAUCCCAACACACAUCAGUCCUUGGCGCAGGAUUCUCUACGCUAGGCCACUUUUUGAAGCGGCUGUCGAUUCAAGACCAGCAACAAUGGAUUGUGGGCCAAGCACGGAACUUCUAUCCUCUCCUGAUGGAGAGGCUUGGUGAUCAUAAAGAACGUGUGCGAGCGCAGGCGGCAUCGAUCUUUACUGAGCUCUGGUCCGUGGCGAGUAACGAGGUUGAAUAUUAUGUGCUGGAAACCGCUUUGACGGCCAAAAACCCCCGAGCUAAAGAGAUGAGCAUGCUCUGGCUUUCAAAUAUGACAAAAAACCACGGCUUGCUGUUUCGCCAAUACGUCCCUUCUCUGGUCGCUUGCUUGGAGGAUGCAGACAGCGCUGUUCGAGACACAGCAAGAUUGGUUGUGGUUGAACUGUUCCGGAAUGCUCCUGCGCGAGCCAAGUCUGAUCUGCAAAAGCAGAUGGUUACUCGAGGCGUGCGCAAGUCGAUUGCCAGCGCCAUUCUUUCUGGCAUUGGACUUGGCGACUCGGAACCUGUAAGCUCAAAUCGGCCCAUCUCUCGUGCGGAGCGGCCUAUCUCAGUGAUGUCUUCACGUGGACAUGCGAGGGAGCUAGUGGACGAUGAGCCAGAACCUACCAGAAGCCGACCAGGAUCAUCAAGAGGCCACCACGAUAGAUCUACCCCCGCUCCUCCAGAAGCCCCAUUAAGACCCAAGACCCCGGCUGAGACACCGGCUAUGCAGCAAAUAUCGCAAGAAGAUGAUGGAGUCGAGCCCUUCCUCGUUUCAUCUGCCCGAGAUAUUGACGAUACUGUGCGAGACAUGCUUCCCUGGUUCGAUGGCAAAGAAUCUGAGGAUAAUUGGUUGAAACGUGAGAAGAACGUUAUUCUCUUCCGCCGACUCACUCGUGGCAACGGGCCUCACGACUUCCCCCAGAGCUACCUACAAGGCGUCAAGACCCUCCUAGAUGGAUUUUUCAGAGUCGUCAACUCCUUACGAACAACACUCUGCACAAAUGGUUGCCUGUUGAUGCAAGAUAUUGCUCGGACUUGUGGUUCCAGACUCGACCCCAUGGUCGAGAUCAUCAUGCAGAACUUGAUCAAGCUGUGCGGAGCCUUGAAAAAGAUUUCCGCACAGAAUGGAAACGCCACCGUCGAUGCUGUUCUCGGAAACGUAACGUACAAUAUUCGCCUUCUACAGCACGUCCACUGGGCCUCCCAAGAUAAAAACCUACAAUUGCGCCUCUUUGCGGCAGGAUGGCUUCGGACCCUGAUUAACCGACAGGCCCAUCACAAGAGCACAGUUGAACAUGGUGGUGGCUUGGAUCUCAUUGAAAAAUCCAUCAAAAAGGGCCUGGGCGAUGCCAAUCCCGCUGUACGAGAGGCCGUGCGCAGCACUUUCUGGACGUUCUAUGGUGUCUGGCCCGAUCGAGCCAACGCCAUCAUGGCGACUCUCGAUGCCAAAUCGCGUACACUGCUGGAAAAAGAUUCCUCGAACCCUAAUGCCAACAAGGUCGCUUCUACGCCUACAAAGAGCGCUGCCGGCCCAGGAGCGAGCCGCUCUGCACUGAAAGAAGCCAUUGCAGCCCGCAAGAGGGCUAUGCCGCCUUCUCGCCCAGAGUCCGCUCAGUCCGCUUUUAUCGAUUCAGAUCCUGCUCCCCGACCCCCUACACGGACUGUCCCCACGGGUGCACCUCUCUCUUCCCUAUCAUCCGCACCCAUGCGGCCUGCUAUGAAAGCCCGCCGGCCCGAGAUUAGUCGUCCUGCAACAGCAGACCCCUAUGCUCGUCGGCCUGACUCGAGAGCCGCCCAAUCUUCGAGUAAGCCAGUCAGCUCCCCGAGAUCAGUGCGGUCUAAGGCAUCGACACCCUCAUCCAAACCAAUUAACGCGCCUCGCCUUCGACCUCACGAUGCUGGACAAACGGGCACUACCAGAGGCAAGCCUAAGAAGCUUGACCUUUCGAAGUCAAAGUCCCAUGGAGACCUCAUUGCGGCGAGCCGUGCUCGCAGCGAUUCUGCCGAUAGCGUUUCACAUCAGCUCUCCGUGCAUGGCCCUCACGCUGACCAUCAAAGCGGAUCUGAAGGUCGAAACUCCCCAGCGCCUAUCGUUCUGGAAAGUCCUCCCCUUUCUGCUUCGCAACCAACACUUGCUCGUAGUCAGCAAGUUCACCGUGGCCAUAUCACGCCGGAGCCCGUUGAAGAGCCGCAACCGCUCUCACUUGCUGAACUUAGCCCUGUGCGAGCUUCUCCACGUAUCGUUGAAGCCGAACGGGCAAAUCCAUUGCGCCCAGCUCAUCUGGUUGUUGAGCCCGAAUCCAGUCCAAAGCCCCAGCCGGAAGAAAUGGUAAUAUACGAGGACCCUGCCACGCCGGUUGCUGCGGAGCCUACAACACCCAAGAUGCCUCCAGUCCAGCAUUUCACACCCGAGAAGUCUCCUCGUCACCCCGAUGAACAAGAGCCUAGAAAAGACCCCACGCCAGGUACCACGACUACCUUUGAGACCCCUAUCAAGCACCCUGUGCCGGAGUUGGCUCCUCCUCAAGAACACACUCUUGAUGGGGCCAAUGAGCCCCGUUUCUCCUCACCGAAGAGGACAGCACUUCGAGGAACCCCUUCUCCUACCAGGAAUCGCCCUCAUCCCACCACACCUUCUCUAAAUGCUCCUACUUUGGGAUCCACCUCAACACCGAAGCCAGCUGUGGCGGAUACCUUUGAGAGCAGUGCUAAUAACGAGAAUGCGACAGCGCAUGUUAUGAAGACUGCAGAGCUCACCGCAACCCCUCGGUCUGUAGCCAAGCCUGGUGCGCUUGAGGAGGUCCCAUUGAACGAGUCUACCUCGCGGCUGCCUACAGAGGCAAGAAGUCGGUCCUUUGAAUCGCCAGCCCAGCCAACGAGCGAGGAGCCCGCAUUCCGCCAUAGGCGGAAGUGGGCAGACCGGCACCGAAGCCCAAGCCCUCGAUCAAAGGAUCCUGCCAACGCAAGGGAGAUGCUGAACAAGGCCCUUGGCCGGAUUGCCUCCCAGACCAUGGACAUCUCUGGGUAUAGAAAGCUACAGGGACUGUACCAAUAUCAUGGCGAGGAGAUCGUUUCUCGCGAAGAGGAUUACUAUGCCAUACUUGAGGCUCUGCUGCACGAGCUCGAGGCGGCCCCCACCAGCCGCAAGGACCAUGAUGUGAAGACCCAGAUUCUGGCCACCAUCCGCUCAAUGCUCCUUCGGACCAGCGAGCUCUUCCACCGAUACGACGUAGCCACGAUUGCCUCCCUGAUUCGAGCUCGCCGCCACUACGAGUCCAGCUCGCACUUUGUGACCUGUCUGGAAGAGGUUGCUGAGCAGUUGGUCUCCCUGGUAUCACCACAAACAGUCAUCGAGGGUGUGCUCCAAGGGAUCGAUCUAGGCGAGAAUGUGAAGGACGAGGAUUCCUAUCAAUCUAUCAUCAUGGGACUUGCCACUGUUCAUCAGGCGCUGUCUCAAGGGCCCGUUGAGCUUUCAGACGACACCCUGGCCAAUGUCGGUACUGUGGUCAGCAAGGAACUAGGCCAUUCCAGACCCGGCGUGCGAAAGCAGGCAACUGAACUGUGUACCCUGCUCAACCUCAAGUUCGGCCUCGACCGUGUCCAAAGGGUCACUCCACCCGCUGGUGAGGGCUCGCUCAAUCUGCUCACCUAUUUCAUGGCCCGUCGGUCCCAGUAA